CUUGUAGUUUAGGGGUAUAUAUAGCGAGACUGACAAGGGGCUGCUCAUCACCAACAUGAAGGUCUUGGUGUUCUGUGCUCUAGUGUCAGCUGCCGCCGCUUGGCGAAAUUAUGGCUUCGUGAACGACGAGGCUGGGGCAUCUGACGCGCAAAUACAGAAUGACGUGAAUUAUCUACUGUUCAAGGUAUUUGAACCUAUACGACAUAAAACUCUGAGACAACUCGGUGAGACCUUCGACCCUGAAGCUGACACAUCUCACUAUUCUGACGGUGGAGCUGCUGUCCACAAGCUAUUAAAAGAACUGAAGGACCAAAGGCUGCUCAAAAAAAAACACUGGUUCUCCCUCUUUAAUACACGACAACGUGAAGAAGCACUUUUUCUCUAUGAUGUUUUGGAACAUAGCAAUGACUGGCAAACAUUUGUCGGCAAUGCUGCAUAUUUCAGAAAUCAUGUUAAUGAAGGAGAAUUUGUUUAUGCUUUAUAUGCAGCAGUCGUCCACUCGUCACUUACCAAACACGUUGUACUUCCACCACUUUAUGAGGUCACCCCACAUUUGUUCACAAACAGUGAAGUUAUCCAGCAAGCCUAUCGUGCCAAGAUGACUCAAACACCUGUUAAAUUCAGGUCAGAAUUCACUGGGAGCCAAAAGAACCCAGAGCAACGUGUAGCAUACUUCGGCGAAGAUAUUGGCCUGAAUACUCACCACGUUACCUGGCACUUGGAGUUCCCAUUCUGGUGGAAUGACGCAAAUGAAGGUCACCAUCUGGAUCGCAAGGGUGAAAACUUCUUCUGGGUACAUCACCAGCUCACUGUUCGUUUCGAUGCUGAACGUCUGUCAAACUACUUGGAUCCUGUAGACGAACUCCACUGGGAAGAAACUAUCAGAGAAGGCUUUGCUCCUCAUACAACUUACAAGUAUGGUGGGUACUUCCCUUCUCGUCCUGAUAAUGUUCACUAUGAGGAUGUCGACGGUGUUGCUCGUAUUCGCGACAUGAUCAUUCUUGAGAGCCGCAUUCGUGAUGCCAUUGCCCAUGGAUAUGUUACAGCCCAUGAUGGAUCUACUAUCGACAUAAACAACUCACACGGAAUUGAUGUCCUUGGUGAUGUCAUUGAGUCGUCAACAUACAGCCCUAACGUUGAGUACUAUGGUGCUCUCCACAAUACUGGUCACGUGGUACUUGGUCGCCAGGGAGAUCCACAUGGAAAAUAUGACUUACCUCCUGGAGUACUGGAACACUUUGAAACUGCCACCCGUGACCCAGCAUUCUUUAGGCUACAUAAAUAUAUUGAUAAUAUCUUCAGGGAACACAAGGAUAGUCUCACUCCCUACACUGAGGAAGAAUUGGAGUUCAAUGGUGUUGCUAUCAACAAUGUUGCCAUUGAUGGCACACUAGAAACGUUCUUUGAGGAUUUCGAAUACAGCUUAGUUACUGCUGUGGAUGACACCCCUGAAGUUCCAGAUGUUGCUAUAUCUACUAUUGUAUCACGUCUAAACCACAAAGACUUUUCCUUCAACAUUGACGUUACCAACAAUAAUGAUCACGAAGUGUUGGCAACAGUUCGUAUCUUCGCCUGGCCACAUCGUGACAACAAUGGUAUUGUCUAUCCAUUCAAUGAGGGACGGUGGAGAGCCAUUGAGCUAGAUAGGUUCUGGAGAAAACUGAGUCCUGGUGCGAACCACAUCGUGCGCAAGUCUACUGAAUCGGCAGUGACUGUCCCUGACGUGCCUAGUUUCAAGUCACUGGUAGAGAAGACUAAAGCUGCUCUCGCCUCUGGUAGCCAACUCGACCUUCAUGAUUACGAGAGUGCGGUUGGACUGCCCAACAGGUUCUUGAUCCCUAAGGGUAACUCAGGAGGUCUUGAGCUCGACCUGGUGGUGGCUGUGACUGACGGCAAAGCUGAUGCUGCUGUAGAAAAUCUACAUGAAAAUACUGUUUUCAAUCACUAUGGCUACCACGGAGUGUAUCCCGACAACCGACCACACGGUUAUCCCCUGGAUCGUCGUGUAGAUGAUGAACGCAUCUUCCACGACCUUUCCAAUUUCCACCAACAAACAGUCAAGGUCUACAAUCAUUAGGAUUUCUUUAAAUAUCAUCGAAUAAAAAAUAUUAAAAUAUAUGAAAGCCACGAAAAUACUUUUCUAAUAUACACCGUAAAA